AAGUAGAAAAAAAACUAGAGUGAACUGAUCUGAGGAGAAAGAUGUUCUCCGCUCUUAAGGCACGUUUGCUGAGGGGCUCCAAAGUGAUGGAAGCCUACUGGCAGGCUCACAGGUCAAUCAUCCACCACAAGCCACCUAAAGACAAGAUUGGACCAAUGCAGUCUGUGUUCACCAUAUGCGUGUUUGCUGUGACUCUGCUGGCCCCAGCUGGAUGGAUUUUGCACCAUAUCCCAGACUACCGUCAGAGAGCAUCUGCACAACACCACAACCACGGAGGUCCUUGCACUUAGGUCCAAGAAUUUGGACAAAGGCAGAGUUUUUACGAUUCAUCCUGACACAAAUAAAACAAAAAAUACAAAUAAAAUAAUACGGAUUUAAAGCUUUCA